AUGCCGCGUUUCUUGAUGUUCUCCUCCCAUCUGCUGCCCCUGCUGCACUUCUCUCCUACCAGGAUCUCCAAUUCUUCCUUGGACCUUCCGUUUACCAGGCUUUCUGUGUAUGCCUGGCUGGACAAAAAAGGAAGACGGAAACGUAGCUGUCCGGGCCUCGAAUCCAUUCUGCCCUUGAGAACGGCACCUCCCCGGCCGGUAGACUCCUCUGAGUUCUCAAGCGGCGGGGCAGCACCUUGCCCAGAAGGCAGGGCGUGGAACGGCGCGCCUCCAGAGUCGACAAGUCCGAGCUCAUUCCAUGUGCCCCAGUCCGGUGGCGCCGUGCGCCGGAGCUUGUGGCGUCAAUGCGCCCGCCGUGUCCAUGGAGAGAGGCUGAGGUGGCCGAGCUCCGGCCCGAGGCAUCGGGUUGCCGGGACGGCGAGGAUGUCGGCUUCGUUAGUCCGGGCCACUGUCCGGGCUGUGAGCAAGAGGAAGCUGCAGCCCACCCGGGCCGCCCUCACCCUGACACCUUCAGCAGUAAACAAGAUAAAACAGCUUCUUAAUGAUAAGCCUGAACACGUUGGUGUGAAAGUUGGUGUCCGAACCAGGGGUUGUAAUGGCCUUUCCUACACUUUGGAAUAUACAAAGACAAAAGGAGACUCUGAUGAAGAAGUUGUUCAAGAUGGAGUCAGAGUGUUCAUCGAGAAGAAAGCACAGCUAACACUUUUAGGAACAGAAAUGGACUAUGUUGAAGACAAAUUAUCCAGUGAGUUUGUGUUCAAUAACCCAAACAUCAAAGGAACGUGUGGCUGUGGAGAAAGCUUUAACAUUUGACUCCUCAGGACUGCUCGGGCUGUAGGCCCCAGGAGAGCUGUGGAAGCUCUACGGCUUAUUGAAGAAGUCAUAGGACUGUCGCAUGCUUAAGAUUUGUAACGUAUGGCUGCCUUACAAGGAAAAUAAAGUGAUGCAUUUGAAAAUGAAGCCAGUGUGUUAGAUUCCAGAAGAAUUGAUACUUGUGUCCUUUAUAGGAGACAGAAAAUGAGAAUCUAUUGCUCUCUUUGUGUCGUCUUUCUGAUCUGUAAAGAAAAAAAGUUUUACCCUGCAAUUAAAUUCUCCUUCCUGCAUCCUUUCUGUUAGAGCUAGUUUCAUGGAAGUUGCCUUCCCGGGGGGAUUUCAGAAAACAUAUUCUUUUUUUUUUUUGCAGUACGCUGGCCUCUCACUGUUGUGGCCUCUCCUGUUGCGGAGCACAGGCUCCGGACGCGCAAGCUCAGCAGCCAUGGCUCACGGGCCCAGCCGCUCCGCGGCAUGUGGAAUCUUCCCGGACCAGGGCAUGAACCUGUAUCCCCUGCAUCGGCAGGUGGACUCUCAACCACUGCGCCACCAGGGAAGCCCUGGAAAACAUAUUCUUAAUAGGUGUAGAUUGGUAGAUCUUUUGAAAGGAUUGAACGUACAUCUCCCAACAAGAUGGAUGGCUUUUAAAAUUCAGAGGCAGGAAGUCUUGACUGCUGGUGUGGUGUGGUGGUGGUGCACUGUUUUUCUACCCAAACUGGGCACAGCGUUUCUACAUUUUUAUCUAAAACUUCAUUGUCAGAUGCCUUAUUUGCUUACCCUGCAGCAUCCCCAGCCAUUAAAGUAUUGGACAAAGAUUUCCUUGAACUGUAGUGCAGAAUAGUUCUGAGUGAUGGGAUCAAAAGGUAAAUACUUCACCCACCUGUUUUUAAGUCCAUUUCUUUUGCCCACCCUAAGCGUCUGCUCGGAUAUGGGAUCUCAAGCGGACUUAGAUCCUUUUAGUCAGAAGUUCUCUUAAAAGCCAUCUAGCCCAUCCCUUCAGUUCUAUACCCGGGGAAGCUGAAGGGCUUUUGUACCCCCUCACACUGCAGGCUGGGUAGGGGCACAGCCAGGAUCACCCACAUCUCCCCGUCUUGUAGGUGACACGCCAGCCCUGCGCUCCGAGGCAGUCAGUGAAGGUAAAUGGGUGGUCUGGCUUAUUUAUCUGGUGAACAUUUGGAUAAGAUUGCUUUGUAAUUUGGAGAGCAUAUUUAGUUUUAUUUUAUUUGGGGUGAGAAGAAUCUUAUUUUAAAGCCCAUUUAUGUGAAUUACCAUCUUGUUUCACCAGGACUGUGGAACAGUCGUUUA